AUGUCCAAUAAAUCCAAGGGCCACGUCGUCGUUAUCGGCGCCGGUGUAAUCGGCCUCUCCUCCGCCCUCGCCCUCCUCGAAGCCAACUACACCACCACCAUCCUCGCCAAAGACCUACCCGCCCCCUUCGAGUCCAUCGACCCCCGCGGCCAAAUAAACUUUACCUCCCCCUGGGGCGGCGCCCACAACCGCUGGGUGCCCCCCUUUCCCACUGUCCCAUCCACCCCCUUAACCGCAGCCCAACAAUCCGAGCAUGCCCUGCGCGCCCGCGAACACGCCUUCUCCCUCUCCACCUUCCACCGCAUGAAACACUUCCAGUCCCAAAACCAGGCCCAGCAAGCAGGCAUCACCUUCCUCAAAGGCAUCGAAUACCUCGAAACCCCAGGACCGGAAUACCUUUCCCUCACUGCCGAGCGAGCCUCCCAAGAACUCGGUCUCCCGGGCACCUUCCGCGUUCUGGAGUCUCACGAAUUCCCCGACGACAAAAUCACGUGGGGGUGCGAGUACGACACCUGGUGCGUGAACCCGAUGCAAUACUGCCUCUUUCUUUUAGGACAAAUUAUCGCGCGGGGCGGCAAGGUGUUUAAGCGGGAAGUUCGUUCCACCGCCGAAGUUUUCCAGUUAUUUUCGGACGGGGUGAAGGAGUUCGGGGAGACGCUGCCGAAGGCAGAUGCCGUGGUGAACGCCACUGGCGUUGGGAUGGGCGAUGACGAGCUGGUUUUUCCUACGCGGGGGCAGACGUGUUUGGUGCAGGAGCCGUGCGAGGCGACGGUCACGAGACAAAAUGCGGAUGGGAGCUGGACGUUUUGUGUGCCGAGAGGGUACGGGGCGGGCACGAUUAUUGGGGGCACGAAGGAGCCGGAUAAUUGGGAUCCGAAGCCGGAUCCGCAGGCGAGGGAGAGGUUGCUGAGGGCGUUCGAGGGGACGUAUCCGAAGAUGUUGGCGGAGGGGAAGACGAGGUUGACGCCGGUGAGGGAUAUCGUGGGGAGGCGGCCGACGAGGAAGGGGGGGCUGAGGCUGGAGGGGGAGAUGGUGGAUGGGGCUGGGUUUGUGAUGCAUGCGUAUGGGUUGGGUGGGAGAGGGUACGAGUUGUCUUGGGGUGUGGCGGAGGGUGUGGUUGAAGGUAUUAAGGGGUAUCUUGAGAAGGAAAGGGGUUCGAGGUUGUAG